GAGGCCUGAGUCAGAGAACUGGGUUCAGCUCCGGGCUUCAAACCCGAAGCGGGGCUGCAAAGAAAGUGGCGAGACUGCAGACACCAGGGGAAUGAAUACAUAUAAAGGAAAAGCAGGGCCCUGGAGGAAUUGGACAAAGAACUAGCGGGAGAAGGCAGGGAUCAGGGGGUGAAUUAACAAAAGAUUCAUAAAAGAGGGCUUUCUAAUCUGAGGAGAGCAACUGCUUUAAACUGAAACAAUUAAAACCUGACCAUAUGUUCUUACAAAAGUGGUAAAGCAGAUAAUUUGUAAAAAUCCGCCGCCCCUCCCCCCGUCUUUGCCAGAAUUUCAGUUAAGGAAAGGUCCUAUUUCAAAGUCCAGAUCCUAUCACCACGGGCACGGGCCAAGGUAAAAGCAAUCGCACGGCUCUUUGAAACUCAUGGCUUGGCGGUUCGAGGAUUUUAAAAAACACAUCCGGGAUGGUUGCGUCCACAGCCGGACUUUGAGAACGUUCCAUAUCGAGGCUCGGUCACGGAUUUACUUGGGAUCAAGAGCGCAGAAGAAUUAGCACGAAGGAUUCAAGACAUUGUCAGCGGGAAAGCCGGGACGACAGACUCAGGGAGGCAGGGAACCGGGGCACACUUUCUCUUCCUGCAAAGAUCGAGCCGCGGGCAGCCUGCGGCUCCCGGGGCCCCGCGGGGUGCGGCGCAGGCGGCGGGGCUCCCGGCUCGCAGACGGGCGCACAGCGGGCGGCGGCCGCCAGGGAUGCGCCCGGGUGCCCCGGGCCUGCGCUCCGGUGGGGCGGGCGCCGCCCCGCAGCUGCUCCCCGCGCCGGCGGCCUGCGCUCGGGGCGCGCAUCCCCGCAUCCCCGCCCCGAGUCCCGACCGGGGGUGGGGCGCCGAGGCCGAGGCGCUGGAGUUGCGCCAGGCCCCCGGUCCGCGCCGCUUCCUAACCCCGGGGCGGGGCGGCCCAGCCCCUCCCAGGUCCUUCCCGCGUCCUGCUUUCCCGCCCGCUUUCCCCGGGAGAAACAUGGCCGGGAGCAGUGAGGAGGCGCCAGACUACGGGCGAGGCGUGGUGAUUAAGGACAAUUGGCCAGGGUAUGACUUGAAUUUAUUCACAUACCCACAGCAUUAUUAUGGAGAUUUGGAAUAUGUCCUCUUACCUCGUGGCAUCAUUGUGGACAGAAUUGAGCGGCUGGCUAAGGAUAUUAUGAAAGACUUAGGAUAUUGUGACAUUCUGAUCCUGUGUGUGCUUAAAGGAGGUUACAAGUUCUGUAUGGAUCUUGUCGAACACCUUAAGAACAUCAGUCGAAAUUCGGAUAGAUUUGUCUCUAUGAAGGUUGAUUUCAUCAGGCUAAAAAGUUGCAGGAACGACCAGGCCAUGGACGAGAUGCAGAUAAUUGGAGGCGAUGAUCUUUCAACACUGGCUGGAAAGAAUGUCCUCAUUGUUAAGGAUCUUGUUGGAACUGGGAGGACCAUGAAAGCAUUGCUCAGCAGCAUAGAGAAAUACAAGCCCAACAUGAUUAAGGUAGCCAGUUUGUUGGUGAAGAGAACACCUGGAAGUGAUGGCUUUAGACCUGACUAUGCUGGAUUUGAGAUUCCAAACUUAUUUGUGGUGGGUUACGCCUUGGGCUACAAUGAAUACUUCCGAGAUCUGAAUCACAUAUGCGUGAUCGGUGAACACUGCAAGGAAAAGUAUCGAGUCUGAGGAAGUCACUUCUCACCGUCGAAUCUCCAGAUCGCGUCAGCCUUACAGCUACACUCAGGAAGCCAGCAUGUAAAGUUUGUCUCCCCAGGCCUCUUCACUCAGCAGGAAAUAAAAGAAAAAACUGUCUUAAUGAGAGGGCUUUCUUUUCUGAGAUUAUAACAUAAAGAGUAACAAAGGUUCUUAAGGAAAAGAAAGCAGUGCUUUUCUGUGACUUGUUCCAAAUCAUACACUCCGCCUUGUGACUCAUGGGUUCUGCCACCUUCACCCUCCUGAACUAUACCUUCUUUUGUUUUGAUACAGUCAUCAUGCUUGAUUACUGUACCCCACCUAGUUACUCAAACAUUUUUUACUUAAUUUUUUUUUUUACACUCUAUUUUGGUAAUAUUUUGCAAUCUUAAGAACCUAGAAGCCUUUUAAGUGAAGCUCUGAGCCCAUCUACUGGGAAUGCAACUAGAUUCCCAUACUAAAAAAGGAGGGAAAGGACAAUUUAAUAUAAAUUUCUGUUUGCGCGUUUCUGACAGGCCGUUAUUAUCUGCUUUGACAAAGCCUUUCUGAACCGCAGCGUACAAUGAAUCUUAAUGAAGUUAUGAAAUGAGCCUGCGCUCAGUGCCAUUGAUUGGAGCUUCCGGUAUGUGAUAACGGUAUGUCAUGUAUGCAUGGAUGUACUCAACUGUGUUUAAUACUGUGAAUUUUAAUUAGAAAAAUACAAUGGCAGCAAGGCCCCGGUUUCUAAGCAGCAUCCUUUUAUUCACGUGGGACAUGAGCAAAUGGCAGAAUUGGCGGGGAGGGGAAAGUGUUUUCAGUGCUCAAAACUAAGCAAGUAUAAAUUUUUCCUCUUACUUCCAUCAUAGGACAAGACACUAUUAUGUAUUAUCCUAAAGGUUAAUGCAGAGGUUGAAUUAUUUUUUCAGGUGGCCUGAUAAAAUCGAUCACACAAUCCAAACCACUAUAGAAAACAAGCUGACUUAAAGUUUUUUCUGCAUAACAUUUUUUCCAUCUUCACUGUUUUAUGAGAUGUUUUCUGAUUUGUGAGGAUUCUAAUUGAAAAUAAACUCAAGUGCCAAUAGAGCUGUUUUUUUUCACUUCCUAAAAAGAACAAAUGCAAAAUAAAUAACUAAGCAGCUCUCGUUUGGUUCUGAACCGUAUGUGGCAUAUUGUUAUCAGGUUCUAGCUUCCUUUAAAGUAAUAAAGAAUAAGAAACCUUGUUAUGUUUCAUAA